AUGUGUGGCUUGCUAUCAAUCUUGCUUUUGUACCACAAAAUCGAAGACAACGCUCUAGACGCAACCGUGAAUGAAGAAGAGGUAGUUAGGAUCGGCGGACAACUUAUCCGCAUGGCUCCGGACAACUCUACCAUGGAGUUCAGUCAUGUCACCGUGGAGGGGUAUCUCAUAUACCACCUGGACGAUAACAUGAAAGAGUUCAGCCUUGAUGGCCAAAUUGACAGCGAGAUGAUUGAUGAACUCGACAUAGUAACUUCUCAGCUGGAGUGUACUGGCAGACUCAACGACGCAGAGGCUAUGAUGCUGAGGCUCAUUCCAUGCCGUGAGCAACUAUGGGGUCCCACUGGAAAUCCAAUCCUUGCAGCGUUUAACAACCUGGGCCAGUUUUAUGAAGAGCACGGCCGCAUAGAAGAAGCACAGGACUUAUAUACUCGUGCUCUCAAUGGAUAUGAAGCUGCCAAGCAUCCAAAUAAGAAGUCCAUGUUCAAUACAGUCAAUAACCUGGGCAUACUCUAUAAGAGACAGGGGGUGUUUCGGGAGGCUGAAGCGUUAUACAAGCGGGCACUUGCCGGUAGAGAGGAGUUGCUUGGCCCUCUUCACAACGACACGCUUAGUUCGAUGCAUUGUCUUGGACUCUUGUACGCAACAGAAGGCCGUCUAGACGAAGCUGCUCCUCUCUGGGAGAAGUAUCUCCACGCACUGCAAGAAACUAAGGGGUUUGAAGACCCGCAGACUAUAGUUGCAACAUAUGAUCUCGGUACGCUGUAUAAAAACGAUGACAGAAUCGACAAGGCAAUGCCAUUGUUGGAACGAGCAUUUACCUCGUACGAGCGUACCAAGGGGCAAGAUGAUCCAGCGACUCUUGAUUCCCUAAACACUUUAGCUACAGCUCAUGCCAUGAAAGGCCAGUACGAAGAAGCAGAAAACCUAUGGAAAAGGUUGCUCGAGGUCCGGCAGAAAUCACCAGGUUCUGAUUUCGACUCGAUCCUGACCAAGGAGAAUCUAGGGCAGCUCUACUCGCGACAAGAUAGGCUUCAAGAGGCCUUGGAAAUCUAUCGCUCUGUUCUCCAGGGGUACAAACUUCAUUAUGGAUCUGGUCAUGUUGCAACUGGGGAGAUGUGCAGCACAGUGGCAGAACUGUAUGAAGAGAUGGAUCUGUUGGACCUUGCAGAAGACAUGCAACUACAAGCAUUCCAUAUAUUUGAAGAUUGCCUUGGCUCGGAAGAUAUAGCAACUGCUACAAUGGCAGAGAAGGUAGGUUUCACAUGUGCAAAGCAGGGGCGAAUAGAUGAAGCAGCCCCAUUCUGGGAAACAGCACUGCGCGGUUUCGAGAAAGUCAAUGGGGGAGAUCACCGAUCAGUAUUGGGACAAAUGGGAAAUCUGGGGCGUGUUUACAAAAUGCAGUUCCGCCUAGAUGAGGCCGAAGCAAUCCUCAAGCUUGGCUUCGAAAGGUCAAUGCGAGCUUUAGGUCCACAGGACUCUCUGACACAGAAGAUCGGCCAGGACUUGAUUCUUCUGCAUGAGAACCAAGAGCAAUCGGCAGAGGCUGAGAAAAUCUCUGAUUUGCUUAAGUCAUAA